UCUCGACUUCUCGUCAACUCGUCAUUCUUAGCUUCACUAUCACAACUAAAGCAUCAAAUAUGGCGGAAGUAUCUUUAGGUGAACAAGAUUCACCUAAUACUAUUAGCGAUAUUAGUGAAAAGGUGGAUAAAUUGGAAUUAGAUUCCAUUGUGAAGGAAGUUGCAUCUACUAUGGAAGAAGAGUCUUCAAUUCAACCAGUCCAAGAAGACUCCAAGGAGUCUUCAGCUCCAUUGGAGACAACAGCUGAUGAUUCUGAAUACGAAGAGGCCGAUGAUGAUGAUGGAGAAACGAAGCCAGUCUCCAAGCUGCGAUCAAAAGAUUCCGACGACGAAAGUGUCGAUUCCAAGGACGCUGAAGGAAAAUCUUCAGCAAGUGACGUAGAGGAUGCUGAUGAACGUUCAAAAGGAGACGGCGAAGAAAAGGAGGAAGAAAAAGAGAAAAAAUUGGACGACGAUGAGGAUCGAAGGAACCCUCAGUAUAUUCCAAAAAAGGGUGCUUUCUAUGAGCACGACGACCGUACUACUGUUGAGAGUGAGGCAAACGACACGAAGGAACCUGGGGUUGACGUGGAAGCUGACGUCAUUGCGAACAGGAAUAACGCAAAUGAUGUUCCUAACAGACCAAUCCGUCCAAAAAAGGUUUGGACUGACAGCACAGGUGAUAUGUGGUCACAUGAUCUGUAUGUUGAAGAGGAACAGUCCCCGAAGAGUCAACGAGAAUUAAUUAAUACUUACGGAUAUGACAUCAGAAACGAAGAAUCGCCACCAAAAGCUAGACGUAGGAGACGAUACGGACGAGGCCCGAAAUCGUAUACAAGAAAGUGGGAUGACGAGCCCGCAUAUAAAUCGAAUAAUGCAGGCAACACUUCCCGAUCCGGCGGCAGUCGACGAUCGUUUGUGAACAAACCUUCAGAAUUUCCGGAAAUUAGUCCCAAUAAAAAUCGAGAACAGAAAAAUGAGGAGACACCGCAGAAGGAUGUGGACAGUUCCAGAGGCCGACGUGAAGCCUCCAAGCCAAAGAUAGAAGAUAUUAAAACUAAUUCUAAUCAAAACUCUGUGAUAAAAAGAAGAGAAACGAAUCGACAGCGUAGCAGAAGUCGCCCUAAAACUGAAACGAAUAAACCUGUAGAAUCUAGUAGACAAAGUACCAACUCCAUCGUGCAAAAUAAUAAACCGGAUGAUGCUCAAAAGCGAGGAGGAAGGGGACAUUUCUCUGGUUAUGGACCGCUACCGUGUCUGGAAUUCACCCCUUCGCGAGGCAGGGGUCGAACUUUACCAGACUCCAAAUUAGAAGAUUAUGCUUAUGGUCCCUGUUAUAAGCCACUCCCGAACUCACAACAAUUUUCUAAAGAGGAAUUAGACGUGUUUCCUCUGAUAUCGCAAAGCAAUCCUCCGAUUGCCACCAAUGACGAGAUCGAUUUACAUAGCAAUACGAAUGAAAAAAGACCCACUGAACCGGUAAACCGCUCCAAGCGGUAUUCCGCACAAAGGCAGCGAUCGCUGCCGGAGACCAACAUGACGUACAGUCCUCCGGUCCCUCCUCCUACGGCCCCAGCUUUCUUCCAGCCGGACCCCCACCUGGGUAAAUCACUUACUAUCGAUGAACUAUUCACGCACUUCAUCAAGAUCGUACCACCUCAGAAAAAUGUGAGUGUUCAAGUAGACAAGGCAGUUGCGGAACCAAGUAAGAACACAGAUGAAGAUGCAAUUGGCCAAGAAUUAACCGCUCCAAGUAAUGUGAGCGAUCUAGUAGAUGAACAGGCAGUUGAACAUCCAAAUGUGAACACAGAUAAUGGUGUUGAAGUAAGCGCUCAAGGUAAUGUGAGCGAUAAAGUAGUUGAGGCAGUUGAACAACCAACUGUGAACACAGAUGAUGGUGUUGAAGUAAGCACCAAAAGUAAUGUGAUCAAUCACAUUACUGAACAACCAAGUAUGUCUGGAAAAGUGACUCUUGAAGAUGAAACCGACAGAAAAAAAGUCGCUAUCGAAGCGCGUGUUAACAAAUCGGUGUCUUUCACCUUCAAAAUUUUUUCAUCAGGCAGUAGAACUACUUUCACCUUGGUUAAUGAUAAUAUAACUCAUGACAAUAAUGGACCUAUAAUAACUGAUUUGCCUUCCGUAGAACCAUCUACCAAUAUAAACGAAGUAGGGUUGUCAACAGCAACAGGACAACCAUCUACCAGUGAGGUAAAAUCUCCUAUUAAAAUGUAUGAAAGGAACGAAGCAGGGUUGCCGUUGGAAGGACAACCAUCAUCCAGUGUGAUGAAUACUGCUGAGAUGAACCUGGAUGGAGCAGUGUUACCAUCCGAAGAACAAUCAGCGACCAAUGUGGUCAAUGACAUGAACGAGGCAUCAGGAGCGUUGCCGCUUGUGGAAGUUCAAGAUUCUACUGAUUCUUUUGCCAAACUUAUGAAACCCUUCGAAGCAAUUGCUGACGCCGUUCAGCAAAACUACCAUAGAUCUGAUCCAAAUGCAUUCUCAAUCCAUAUGCAGCCAGUAACAAAUGAUUUUCAAGAACCAUCUCAGUCCGAUUCAAACGCUAGCUCCGCCGGAACACCGUCGCCCGUGUAUUUUAUCAAGAAAGUAGGUGAACAUCAUCCGGAUGGAAGUUACACGGCCGAAGUCCUUGGUUCAGGGGGCUCAUUUAUAUUGAGUACCCAAUCAUCAAAUGCCUAUGAAAUUAUGGACGUUCCAUUCGUGGAUAACAAUGGCAGACCUCAAUCAUGCAUACUUCCAGUUAUACCUAACAUGGCAAGAAUCAGCUCAUUUUCAAGGAAUAAUCAUCCAACUGCCACAGGACCUCCUGCCGUACAUGAAAAUCUCGCCGUACCGGACUAUCCACCUCCGCAACCGCCUCCCAUGCCGAUGGUGGCAUUCGCGCCUCCACCUUUUGCACCGCCUCCGCCUGCGCAGCCCGCCUAUGCUGCUGCCUAUCCGAUGCCGACUGUGAUCCGGACACCUCAACUUCCGCCUCCACAAUUGGCGCCGCCCCAAAUGCAGCCGCCUCAAAUGCCGCCGCCCCAAAUGCAGCCACCUCAAAUGCCGCCCCAAAUGCAGCCGCCUCAAAUGCCGCCCCAAAUGCAGCCCCAAAUGGCGCCUCCUCAACUGCCGCCGCCGCAUCCUCAGCCGGUCCAGCAGGUCCAAGAGGUGUACCAAGGGCAAAACGGCAUUACCUAUUACAGCCCUCAGUCGCAAGCGGCAAUACCGCGGCAGACGCCGUCGCGUCGUAAAAAGGUGGCUAUUCCUAUUUUGCCGCCUCCGGAGGCAGCAGAUAUGAGUCUGCCUCCUCACCCACUAGGUCACCCGGAGCAGGCUGAUGCCCAACCUUAAUACAUCUUUGGUUUAUAAUAUUUUCCAGUAUUUAUGUUUAUUCAUUAAUAUAUUAUAUUAAUGACGACCAGUAAAAUUUUUAUAUUUUGUGAUAAUAUCCAGUUGCUCUGAACAUUUACAAAGCCAUACUUAACCUAGGUCAGCUGGUCAACAAAGAACACUGUUUAUAAUAAAACGUAUUAUUAGGCUCUCAUAUUUGAGCCAUUACACUAGUAUAUAUUAUCAAGUAACGACUAAGAGUUCUUUAUUAGAGUAAAAAAUGUUUAUACAAUUACAUACUGAAAAUUAUUUUAUAAGAAAAUGUACAGCCUCCAAUAUUUAGGCUGUAUAUAUUACACUACUAGUAUAUAUUAUCAAGUAACGACUAAGAGUUCUUUAUUAGAGUAAAAAAUGUUUAAAAAAUAUUUGAGACAUUACAUUUAGUAAAAUUUUUAUAUUUUGUGAUAAUUUCCAGUUGCUAUGAACAUUUACAAAGCCAUACUUAACCUAGGUCAGCUGGUCAACAAAGAACACUGUUUAUAAUUAAACGUAUCAUUAGGCUCUCAUAUUUGAGCCAUUACACUAGUAUAUAUUAUCAAGUAACGACUAAGAGUUCUUUAUUAGGGUAAAAAAUGUUUAUACAAUUACAUACUGAAAAUUAUUUUAUAAGAAAAUGUACAGCCUCCAAUAUUUAGGCUAGUCAUUAAUACACUAAGUUGUAAAUAUGUAAAACUUAGGUGUCCCAAAUGUAAAAAACAUUGUAAAAAUGUAAUCAAGUAUAAAAAAGUGUUGAGUUUGAGAAGAAUUGUUUGUUACAUAUAUUAUACGUAUUUUAUGUAAUUAUAAGAUCUUGGCUGAUUUGAAAUAUUAGAGAAUAUUAGUAGAUUUUUUAUAGAGACAUUUUGUCGUGCUACCAAAUAGGUUUAAUACAACAAAUAUUUAACUUUAAAUACUUUAAUUAAGAUACUUAACCUUCCGGGACGCGCGCCUAUUGUUGUAACAUGAGGACGCGCGCGUUGUACUUUAUAUAACACUUGGUUCCUUCAUUAAAAUAGCUACUAUAUCAAUUUAUAUGUGCAACUUUUACCAUUAUUUUCAUUACAAGACUAUUUUUGAAUGUUAGUAUGAUAUUUUUAUUAUGUUUUGGAUUUUUAAUAUUAGAGGGAACUAAAAAAAUGAUGGUUAUGAAAGAAAACUUUUAAUACACAUAGUAAAAACUCCGUACAGAAACAUACCUCUCAUUCAAUGUUUCACGUUCUUUUCUAUUUCUCAAUUUUUGUUUGUUCAGGCCACUUCAGUUCUAUUCGAUUGUAAACAAUCUCGCUCUCUUUUCAAUUGAGGUGCUAAAGAUACAAUAUGCUGGUUAGUGCAAUAUGAAAUCUCAUCAUACAUAUCAAGGCUGAUAACUGAUAAAAAUGCUUCAACUUCAUCUUUUGCAUUCUUAGCCACCUUCUUUGUACCAGGGAGAAUUUUUAUAAUAUUUUUAUUCUUAGUCUUGCUGGUUGUUGCUACUUCAGACGUACACCAGAUUGUUUCACCAUCCUUUCCAAGAAUAAACUCAAUAUCGUCAUAUUCGGGAGAAUUUUCAUCAACGAAAUUACUGGUUUCUAAUUCACUUCCAUUGUCACCUUCUACUUCACUAUCAUCCGAAAAUUCGUUGUAUUCUAUCACUUCCCCACUGUCAUCUGAAAAGUCAAUGUUUUGCUCAUCUUCUGAACUACUUUCAUUGAGGAGUCGGUCUAUUCCACUUGUUCUUAGAACAUCUGACAUCACGAAAAUUGUCAAAACUGUUUAUAAUUAACAAAAUUAAUAAUAACUCAUCUGAAACUAACGGUAAAAUCACACUCACUUUCGAAAAAUGGACUACUAGACUUCAAACUUUACAGUAAGCUAGGACGCGCGCGAUGUAAAAAGUACAACAUUUCUGACACCGGUCUCUUCAACACUGAAUAGGGUAUGACCAGUGAUUGAUAGUAAUGCAAUAUUUUGUCUAUGGGCGGAGCUAGAUGUCGCGGAGGAAUACUUAAAGGUUACCAACCUCGCGGAUGUGAAUUUCUCAAUUAAAACAUUUUAAAUUUCAAUUUUACAGAAAAAUUUCAAGAGAACUAAAAACACUUCUACAAGCCAGCAACCAUUUUUUUAUGAGAGAAACGUCUGAGAGAAUAAGCAUACCUAGUAACCUAGAAUAAGCACCAGUGAUUAAUAAAGAUUAAAGAAUGCAAGUUUCAUUUAUCAAGUAAAAUUUAUUAUUAAAGUUUAAAGGUUCAUUUAUAUUCAACUCAAUAAAACUUUAUUUUUCAAA